AUGGCAUCUAAACGACCAUACGAUAAAUCUUCCAAUGCUGAUGAGGAAAAUAUGGAUUCUCCAUUAGGACCUCGUACUUUUGGAAUACCUAGGAAACGAAUUAACACUGGUAGUAGCCGAGAUCGUUUUCCUCUUGCAAAUCAUAACUUUUUUGGUUCAACGUUUUAUAGUGUAAAUUCAAUCAGUUUUACGGAGAGUAAUCCUGAAGAAUCAAUUACAAGUGAAAUUUUAUCAUUAGAUGAUGAUAUAUCUCCACCUUCAUAUGGCAAAUUAAAUAAUUCUUCUGUUACCACUUUGGAUAAAGAUGUCUCGGAUGUCGUUGAAAAUUUGAUACAGAAUGUUUCAACUUUAAAUAGUUGUAGUAAUUCUACAAAUUCAGAAUUCAAAUUACUUUCCUUUCCUCGUAAUUAUGGGGAAUCAAAUUUUUUCCUUUUUGACAAUAAGGAGGUUAAUCAGGUUUCUCAGUUAUCUUUUGAUGAAAAAGAAGAGAAAGUAUAUGAUUUGUUUGAAAAAGUUGGCAAAACAAAUUUAGAACUACAAAACGACAACAAAAAAGAUGAUGGAAAAAUUGACGAACAUUCUGACAAAUCCAACUUACUUUUCUACCAAUUUGAAGAAAAAAAGGAUAGUCAAGAUAAUAGUAAUUUGUUGUUAGAAGUUGCUAAAAAUGAACGGGAUCAGGCAACUUAUAAAUUCCAUGAAAAAGAGAAACUUUUUAUGAAAGAAAAGGAAAAUUAUGAGAUUAAAAUUUCAAUGCUAAAUAAUUAUAUUGAAGAGCUUAAGAAGAAUCUUUUAGAAAGUAACAAUCAAGUUGAAAAUUUAAAAAAGAUAAAUAUGGAAUAUGAAAAUGUCUAUGAAGAGUUAAACAAAAAAACCACCGAUUUUGGAAAAGCAUUGAAUCAUUUAGAAACUUUAAAUGCAUGUGUAAUAAUGCAUCAAGAAAGUUUUUCUGAAAAGGUACAAUACAUUAAAGCUAUUUCACAUAAUUUUGAUGAGUGUCAAAAAAAGCUUUCCUCUAUUAAGAAUAACAUUUCUGAAAAAGAAAAAAUUGUUAGAAUAUCGGGAGAAAGUAUUAUUAAUUUAGAUCAUGGGAAAGAAAACUUAUUAUUUAAUGAAGAUUGUCUUACAAAUGAUGACAAAGAAAUUCUUAAACAUGAUCAAGAAUUCAAUAAGUUGAAUAUCCAACUUUGUAAAGAAAUUUCAUCACUAAAAUCUCAACUACAAAUAAUAAGUAAAAAAAUUAGUGAUAGUGAAAUUAAGCAAAAAAAACUAUUUAACGAGUCAGAAGAGUGUAUCGUCAAUAGAACAACUAGUUUAGUUGAACCUUCUCAAUAUUUUUUAAAUGACUCAGUUAAAACAACUAUUUCUGAAGUUAUUGGUGAAUUGGAAGAAGACUAUUAUUGUAAUUCACAGGCAUUAGAAGAAGUUGAAGGAAAAAUAAAAAAUAGCAGUUAUUUCUCGGACAAAUAA